AUGAAGUUAAGCCGUCAGUUCACCGUGUUCGGCAGCGCUAUCUUCUGCGUGGUGAUCUUCUCUCUCUACCUGAUGCUGGACCGGGGUCACUUAGACUACCCCAAAAGUCCGCGCCGCGAGGGCUCCUUUCCCCAGGGCCAGCUCUCAAUGUUGCAAGAAAAAAUAGACCAUUUGGAGCGUUUGCUAGCUGAGAAUAAUGAGAUCAUCUCAAAUAUUAGAGACUCGGUCAUCAAUUUGAGUGAGUCUGUGGAGGAUGGUCCGAAAAAUUCACAAGGCAAUUUCAGUCAAGGUGCUGGCUCACAUCUGUCAUCGCAACAGCUGUCCCUCCCGAUCGACUCCAAAGACUGUCUUUUUGCUUUGCAAAGUGGAAGUCAGAAGUCGGAUGUGCAGAUGUUGGAUGUUUACAGUCUGAUUCCUUUUGACAAUCCAGAUGGUGGAGUUUGGAAGCAAGGAUUUGACAUUACAUAUAAAACUGAUGAAUGGGACACUGAGCCCCUUCAAGUCUUUGUGGUGCCUCAUUCCCACAAUGACCCAGGUUGGUUGAAGACUUUUGAUGACUACUUUAGAGACAAGACUCAGUAUAUUUUGAAUAACAUGGUGGUGAAGCUGAAAGAAGACGCAAGGAGGAAAUUUAUGUGGUCUGAGAUCUCUUACCUUUCAAAGUGGUGGGAUAUAAUAGAUAAUCAGAAGAAAGAUGCUGUUAAAAGUUUACUAGAAAAUGGUCAGUUUGAAAUUGUGACAGGUGGCUGGGUUAUGUCUGAUGAAGCUGGUUCACAUUAUUUUGCCAUGAUUGAUCAACUUAUUGAAGGACAUCAGUGGCUGGAAAAAAAUCUAGGAGUGAAACCUCGGUCUGGUUGGGCUGUUGACCCCUUUGGACAUUCACCAACGAUGGCUUAUCUUCUGAAUCGUGCAGGAUUUUCUCACAUGCUCAUCCAGAGGGUUCAUUAUGCAAUUAAGAAGCAUUUUUCAUUACAUAAGACGCUGGAGUUUUUUUGGAGACAGAACUGGGAUCUGGGAUCUAUGACAGAUAUUUUUUGCCAUAUGAUGCCCUUCUACAGCUAUGACAUCCCUCACACCUGUGGGCCUGACCCUAAAAUAUGCUGCCAAUUUGACUUCAAACGACUUCCAGGAGGCAGAGUUGGUUGUCCCUGGGGGAUCCCCCCAGAAACAAUAUAUCUUGGAAAUAUUCAAAACAGGGCGCAGAUGCUUCUAGAUCAGUACCGGAAGAAGUCUAAGCUCUUCCGUACGAAAGUUGUCCUGGCCCCACUGGGGGAUGACUUCCGCUACUGUGAACGCACGGAGUGGGACCAGCAGUUCAAGAAUUAUCAGCUACUGUUUGACUAUAUGAAUUCUCAGCCUCAGUUAAACGUUAAGAUACAAUUUGGAACUCUAUCAGAUUAUUUUGAUGCUCUGGAGAAAGUAGUUGCACAUAGUGGAAAAAGUAGCCAGUCACUAUUCCCUGUUCUCAGUGGAGAUUUCUUCACUUAUGCCGACCGAGAUGAUCAUUACUGGAGUGGCUACUUCACGUCCAGACCGUUUUACAAAAGGAUGGACCGAAUCAUAGAAUCUCAUUUAAGGGCUGCUGAAAUCCUUUACUACUUCGCCACGCGGCAAGCUCAGAAAUACAGGAUAAGUAAAUUUCUUUCGUCAUCACAUUAUGUGGCACUGACAGAAGCCAGAAGGAAUCUGGGAUUGUUUCAACAUCAUGAUGCUAUCACGGGAACUGCAAAGGAUUGGGUGGUUGUGGAUUAUGGUACCAGACUUUUUCAUUCAUUAAUGAAUUUGAAGAAGAUAAUCGGAGAUUCUACACUACUUCUUAUAUUGAAGGACAAGCACACAUAUGAGUCUUACUCUUCAGAUAACUUCUUAGAGAUGGAUUUGGAACAAAAAUCACAAGAUUCUCUGCCACAAAAAAAUGUAAUAAGGCUGAGUGCAGAGCCAAGGUACCUUGUGGUCUAUAAUCCUUUAGAACAAGACCGACAUUCAGUGGUCUCAGUCUAUGUGAGUUCGCCCAAUGUGCAAGUAGUCUCCGCUGCAGGAAAACCUAUGGACAUUCAAGUCAGUGCAGUUUGGGAUACAGCAAAUACUAUUUCACAGUCAGCCUAUGAGAUCUCCUUUCUAGCAAAUAUACCACCUUUAGGAUUGAAAGUGUUUAAGAUUUUGGAAUCAACAAGUUCAAAAUCACUCUUAGCAGAAUACGUUCUAUACAAUGGCAAAACAGAAGUUAAAGGACUUUUCAACAUAAAGAAUGUACAGAGUGCUGAAGAAGAUAUAACGCUAGAAAACUCCUUUAUUAAACUUCGAUUUGGACGAUCAGGGCUUAUGGAGGAAAUGAUAAGUAAAGAAGAUGGCAAACAUCGAAUAGUAAAAUUGGAAUUUUCAUGGUAUGGAACCACAAGUAGAAAAGACAAAAGCGGUGCCUAUCUUUUCUUACCUGAUGGGGAAGCCAAGCUUUAUGUGUAUACAACCAUGCCUUUUCUAAGAGUGGCACAUGGAAGGAUUUAUUCAGAAGUGACUUGCUUCUUUGACCAUAUUACUCACAGAGUGCGCCUCUACCAUGUACAAGGAAUAGAAGGACAAUCUGUGGAAAUUUCCAAUAUUGUAGACAUCAGAAAAGAGUAUAACCGUGAGAUUGCAAUGAGAAUUUCUUCUGACGUAAACAACCAAAAUAGAUUUUAUUCUGACCUAAAUGGAUACCAGAUUCAACCUAGGAUGACAAUGAGCAAACUGCCUCUUCAAGCAAAUGUCUACCCAAUGACUACUAUGGCUUACAUCCAGGAUACUGACCAUCGGUUGACGCUUCUCUCUGCCCAGUCUUUAGGUGUCUCAAGUUUGAAAAGUGCUCAGCCUGAGGAAGAAGAAAAGAAGUCAGUCAGUUAUCCAUCUCUUCUUAGCCACCUGACUUCUUCUUUCCUGAAUCAUCCACUGUUUCCAAUGACAGAAAAGAUCUCCUCACCGGCCCCUCAGCUGCUGGGUGAAUUCUCUCCGUUACUGUCAUCUCUGCCUUGUGACAUUCAUCUAGUUACUCUGAGGACAAUACAGUCAAAGGUGGGUAACGGGCAUUCUGAUGAGGCGGCAAUGAUCCUCCAUAGGAAGGGCUUCGACUGCCGGUUCCAGAGCAAAGACAUGGGGCUGCUUUGCUCCACUACUCAGGGGAAGAUGUUGGUGCAGAAACUUUUUAACAAGUUUGUUGUUGAAAGUCUCACACCUUCGUCAUUAUCCUUGAUGCAUUCACCUCCAGAUGCUCGGAAUAUAAGUGAGAUCCGCCUGAGUCCCAUGGAAAUCAGCACAUUCCGAAUCCGUUUGAGGUGA